ACCUUAUACUUUGUUUAAAAACCAAAAUUUUCAAAAGUGUGAAUGAUAUCAUCAGCUAACGCUUACGAACUUCAUCUUAUGUUACGUCAAUUACGAUUACGAUAUUUGACGAGCGUGUUUUGAUUGCAACAGUUAUUUUUAUUGCUCACGGCUUUAAAGAAAAACAUCACGAAUCGAGUUCUUUUAGUUUCGUUCAUAUGGCACGGAUUUUUCUUUAAAUUCCGACGUUUCGGAAGAAAAUUUGUACUUAUUCAAAACGAAUAUGAAGGUAAACUACUCGAAAACGUUAGCGGGAUUCACGCUUUGCCUAUAUUUGCAACUGAUUGCUGCAAAGUCGUUGGCUGGACUGAAAGACCAAGCUUUCAUGAUUUUAGGUUCCCGAGCAUCAGAGAAUGCUUUGAGAAGACAAACACGAUCUUUAUCGUCAUCAAUUACAAGCGUUCGGGUAACGAGUGUCGUUAAAUCAAGAUUUGCUAAAGUAACAACAGUCAGUGAGAUGGAAAACACACAUGACGAAGCGAAGGAACUAACAUUUUCAAUCAGAUUGCCUGACGCUGCGUUUAUUACAGAAUUUACGAUGUUGGUCGACGGAGUAACAUUUAUCGGUAAAGUUAAAGAGAAGGCGCUUGCCGAAGAGGAAUAUAAAAAGGCCAAAGCAAGCGGUAAUUCAGCAGGCCUCGUCACAGCUGAUAUUAGAGAAACACAGACCUUCAGCGUUGCAGCCAAUGUUCCAGCUCAGUCCAAAGUAACAUUUACCUUGGUUUAUCAAGAAUUGUUGAAACGAAGACUUUCAAAAUAUAAUCAUGAGAUUUUUGUGAAUCCAGGACGGAUUGUUGAUGAUUUUGUUAUCGAUGUUUAUAUCACUGAGCAAACGGGAAUAACCAUGUUAGAAGCUCGGCCGCCACAGGGUGGAAUGGGCCCUCGCGGUAAAGUCGCCAGUGGAUACGACAGCACGGGAAUUGUUCCAAUUGAUAUUGAUAUCAGGCGGAGCAAAUAUCAAGCAAAAGUAACAUUUAAACCUUCUUCCACACAACAACGACGAUUAUUGAUGAUUCCCGAAAACGAUCGAAAAAUGACAGUCAUCUACGACGUCACGAGAGAAUUUCUUGGUGGCGAAAUUCAAACAAGGAAUGGAUACUUUGUACAUUAUUUUGCGCCCACAAAAUUUACCUGUUUGCCCAAAAGAGUUGUAUUUGUUAUCGAUCGUAGCGGUUCAAUGAGAGGGACAAAAAUUGCACAGACAAAAUCUGCUUUUGAAACCGUUCUAAAAGAGAUGUUGAUGCCGACGAAUUCAAUAUUGUUACGUUUGCGGGUGACAUCACCGUAUGGGAAACAGAAUCCGAUUUAGUAAAGGUCACAGAAGAAAACGUAAAGAAGGCGAUAAAAUACGUCAGAAGUAUCAAUGCGAACGGAGGGACAAAUUUGAACGGUGGAUUACUAAAAGGCGUGGAGUUACUGGAGAGCGUGGGUGCCGAUGAGAGAGUCUCUUCUGCAGUAAUUACUUUAUCGGAUGGUGAUCCGACCGCUGGUGUCACAGAUGAAGCACAAUACGUAAAAAUGUUAAAAAAAGCUGUCGAUGGAAGAUUUUCAGUAUUUUGUAUUGGCUUCGGGAGGAAUUUAAAUCCACGAUUUUCUUAAACGUCUGGCAAAUGGAAAAUGAUGGUCUUGCGA